AUGGAGCAACUUAAGUACUUUCCGCAUCAUGAACAUGCGCUCCAUCUUGUCUAUCUCCUUACGGAAAACCGCCACAAAGAAGACUCUGACAGCGAAAACUCUGAUGAUGAGGAAGAUGGCAGAGAUGAUUUCGUGGUAGAAGAGCAGCAGCAUGGUGGCAAAUGCAAUAUGUGUAAAGAAGAUAUCUAUUCAUUUCAUGUGUGCCACUAUGAGUACGAGAGGUGCGAGGACUACUCGCUACACAAAUUCUGUGCAGAACUGCCCUUAACUUUGAAAAAUCAUCACUUACAUCCGGCCCACGAUCUUACCUUUGUCGACAUAUGGUGGCUUACUACUUAUGAAAGGAACGGGUGUGGUGUCUGCAAAGAUAAUCGUACCCAUGACGACAUGUACUAUUGUUCCAUUUGCGAUUUCAACAUGGAUAUAAUUUGUGCUACUUUGUCCCAACAAAAGAUGGUCAACCCAAGUCAUCCUGGUCACCAACUUGAACGAAUGAUGGGGACGAUGAUAUCAAAGUGUCAUGCUUGUGAUAAUGAGCAUAAGGGAACCUUCUAUCAUUGUCCCACUUGUGUUUGGUUCGGCCGGAUUCAUCUGGAUUGUGCUCUGCUGCCUGCAAAGGUAUCGAUCCAACAAGCUACUGAUGAUUCUUUUACUCAUUCUCACCCGCUCACCCUAGCUUAUUCCUUUCCGUUUGUUGAUCAUGCAAAACAACAUUAUCCUGGGUGCAGAGUUUGUGGUUCCGGCUUCAUAUAUACCUUGUGGCUUUACAAAUGCGAUAAGUGUCGGUACUAUGCACAUGUCGAUUGUGCGACUUCAAAGAAAGAGCCGUUUAUGUCCAUCUUCUUGAAACAAGGCGGGUCUUCAACUUUCUUUGUCUUGCUCGUUACAACAAGGCUGGUUCUUCAUCGCCAUUUCGAACAUUCCCUUGUUGUCAUGUUUGUUGCUUACUUGCCUUUUCUUGCUUGUGCCACAAAUGUUUUAAAUUCUUGUACCACACAAGUCGUUUUUCUUUCUUGCUUUGCCACUAAGGUCUUAUUUGCCACGAAGGUCUUGAUUGCCACUAAGGUCUUUUCUCGCCACGAAGGACUUACGUGCCACUAA